AUGUGGUGUCUCUCCAGCAGGACCUCCCGGACCACCUGGUCACGAUGGACAACCUGGAUCAGAUGGUGCUCCAGGACAAGCCCGGCAAAAGAUGGACCCGACGGACCACCACCAACACCGGCCCCUGACUUCUACCCUUGCUUCAAUUGCCCUGCCGGUCCUCCUGGCCCAGCUGGACAUCCUGGACCGAAAGGAGCCCCAGGAAACCCCGGAUCAGAUGGACACCCAGGAAAGGAUGGACAUGGGGGUGGACCCGGUCCCAUGGGACCACCAGGACAUCCAGGGAAAGAUGGCAAACCUGGACAUCCAGGAGCUCCUGGAGAACCUGGAAAGCUCAAGGAAGUUGCAGGUCACCAAGGACCACCUGGACAUCCCGGUCCUCAGGGUCCUCCAGGCCCUGAUGGACACCCAGGAGAACCUGGAAUGCCAGGUGAAGAUGGUCAUCCAGGAGAGCAUGGUGAUCCCGGAAAGCCUGGUGAGCACGGACAUAAAGGAGAAGGACGGACAUCAUGGAGAGGAUGGACACAAGGGGCCGGAUGGAGGUUGUGA